AUGUUGGGAAACAAGUAUUACAAGGGUGACAUGAUUUACAUAACACAAGUGACGCGAAACGUUCUGAGCGUACUCGGAAUCUGGCCGCCUUACAACAGGAGAAGAACUACCGGAGAAAAAGUUUGGAAAUACUUCUUGAUAACGAUCUGCAACCUUCUUCUCUGCUGCGUCCUGAUUCCCGGUGCCCUGUAUUGGUUGAUUGAGAAGAGAGCAAGCGUCAGAGCCCGAACUAUGACUCUGCUUGUCUUCGGCUUCGUGACUUGUGUUAAAUAUGGCAAUCUGAUGUUCCACGAGAAGGAUAUAAGACGCUGCUUGAAGCACAUCGAGGAGGAUUAUAGGUUCGUUACCAAUGCGAAAGCGCGGGACACGAUGAUCGAGUCCGCGAAGAUCGGCAUACGUCUGGUCACAGUUUGCGCGCUUUUCACGUACGGCGGCGGAGUCUGCUUUCGCUUAAUCUUACCGUUGUCCAAGGGAAAAAUUAUCACCGCGCAGAAUGUCACGAUCAGACCUCUGCCUUCCCCGGCUAAUUUCAUUUUCUUCGACGUACAAGUCAGCCCCACUUACGAGCUGACUUACGCAAUUCAAAUAUUAUCUGGGGUGGUCACUUGGUCGAUAACAACGGGUUUGUGCGGUCUCGCGGCCGUCUUCGUGAUGCACGCCUGCGGUCAGCUGACGAUCCUGAUGAAUUUAAUGAGAAAUCUUGUCGAGGAGCAAUGGCAAGAGAACCGAGAAGUGGACAGAAAGCUGGCACGAAUGGUUGAACACCAAAUAAGAAUAAGAAGUUUUUUACAAUUGGUAGAAAAUACUCUACAAGCUUGUGUAAUAGAAAUAUUGGGGUGCACAGCGAUUGUCUGCAUUACAGGAUAUUUUGUAAUAAAGGAAUGGGAGAAUAGCAAUCCAGCAGCUAUGAUCUCCUACUUUGGAAUUCUUACAUCCAUGAUGGUAAACUUGUUUAUAUUUUGUUACACUGGUGAGCAACUUACCACUCAGGCAGAGAAAGUAGCUAGAACGUCUUGCGUGCUCGAAUGGUAUCGUCUUUUAGAUAAAAAGGCGCGAGCGAUUGUGCUGGUGAUAAUCGUGUCGAAUUUACCCACCAAGAUCACCGCUGGGAAAAUCAUAGAUUUAUCACUGAAGACAUACGGCGAUAUUGUAAAGACAUCAUUGACGUACUUUAAUAUGCUUUUAAAGGUAGCAGAUUAA